AUGGUAUCUCAGAGGCUUAAGAAACUCGUCAAGAGUAAGAAGGCUGCAAAGGGUGCGAAGAGUGUCUCUGGCAAAGUUGUGAAGCCGGCGCCUAAGAAGAAGAUCGUUGCCGCUGAUGCGCUGAACUGGAAGACCGUUGAUAUUCCAGAUACUCUCGAUGACUUUGGCGGGUUCUACGGGCUGGAGGAGCUGGACGGCGUUGGUGUUGAAUAUGUUGAUGGUAAACCUCAAUUUGUGGUGAAGGGGAACCAGGAGGCUGAAUCGAAGGAGAAAGGCGAUGUGGCGGCUGAUGACGAUGUCAAGAUGGAAGACGCUGUGAAGGAAGCGAAGUCGGCGCCUAAGUCGAAGCCCAAGCCAAAGAAGAUUGAAGAGCAAGAGAAGAUUCUCUCUGAUGGUAUUUCAUUCAAAAAUGCCCAACUGCCAGAGGAAGAGAUUGAGUUGCCUCAUUGGUCAAGCCUUAACCUCUCGCCGUAUACACUGCAAGGAUUAGCCCAUUUGAAGUUUGAAAAGCCUACGCCUAUACAACAGAAGUGUAUCCCAUUGGCAUUGCAAGGUGACGAUCUGAUAGGUAAGGCAUCUACAGGUUCCGGUAAGACGUUGGCGUAUGGUAUUCCAAUCCUGGAGAAGCUUGUGUCUCGAUCAUCUGAGAGCACGUCACCAGCUGGUGUGAUCUUUACGCCAACAAGAGAGCUCGCACAUCAAGUUAUGGACCAUCUCAAUAGCAUCUCCAAGUACUUCCCAUUCACACAAUCUUCGAUCUUAUCCUUGACGGGAGGUUUAUCCAUUCAGAAGCAAGAAAGACUGCUGAGAUAUCCCGGAUCUGGUCAGGUGAUCGUCGCCACACCAGGAAGAUUCUUGGAAAUCUUGGGGAAGAAUGAGCAGUUGUGUAAGAGGUUUGCCAACUUGGACACUUUAGUACUUGAUGAAGCUGAUAGAUUACUCCAGGAUGGCCACUUUGACGAGUUUGAACAAAUUUUGAAGAUCCUCGCAACGAACAGAACCAAAAAAGAAAAAUGGCAAUCCUCUGUGUUCUCUGCAACUUUUGCCAAAGAGCUGUUUUCCAAGCUGGGUAAUGUGUAUAAGUACAACCCAAAUAAGAAGGACUCUUUGGAGGAUGAGAACAAGCAGAUCGUCGAAUUGUUACACUCCAAGUUGAAGUUCAAGUCAAAGCCAACGUUCAUCGACUUGAAUCCAAAUUCAAGACUGCACAAGGACAUUACAGAAGCUGUUGUGGAAUGCUUGCCCGCAGAGAGGGACUUGUACUUGUACUAUUUCCUGUUGAUGUAUCCUGGAACAACAUUGGUCUUUACAAAUGCAAUCGACUCUGUGAAGAGGCUCGUGCCACUGUUGAACAACCUGAACAUCAAGACCUUUGCUAUCCAUUCAAACAUGAUUCAGAAGCAGAGAUUGAAAAACAUUGAGAACUUCAAGAAAUCGUCGCAAGAUAACUCCACGCAGUCCACUGUGCUGAUUGCCUCGGACGUGGCUGCUAGAGGAUUGGAUAUUCCAGGGAUUCAACACGUUGUGCACUACCAUUUGCCUCGAAGUGCCGACGUUUACAUCCACAGAUCUGGUAGAACAGCGAGAUCUGGAUCCGAAGGUGUGUCUGUCAUGAUUUGUUCUCCGCAAGAGGCAUCGGGGCCUUUACAAAACCUGAGAAAGGCUCUCAGUGAUGACAAGGCGAAGUUCAGAGGGAAGGCUACAAGACGAUGGACAAAGGACGUUCCAAGGCUCCCUGUGGAAACAGAUAUCAUUGCGCAGUUGAGGGACCGUGUUAAACUCGCCGGUGAAUUGGCAGACAGCGAGAUCUCUUCCAAAUCCCUCAGCAAAGAGGACAACUGGAUGUCAAAGGCCGCGGAAGAUCUUGGGCUCGACCUCGACGACAUGGAAGGCGAAGACGAAUUCCUCAAGAAGAACAGAACAAAGAAGGAGAAGAAGCAGCUCGACAAGCAACAGCUCUCUGCAAAACGCUAUGAGUUGAAACAGCUAUUGUCCCGUCAGGUGAAAAAGGACCUCAGAAGAAGCUACUUGACAGGUGGAUUGCAGAACCUUGCGGACUCCAUAGUCAAAGGCGUGGGACACGGCAAUAUCGUGGGACAUGACAAGGUGGAUGCCUUGAGGCAACUGAAGAAAUGA